AUGGGGUGUUUGCAAUUACCUGAUUUUACUUUGUGCACAUUCUGCAGAGAACGGUCAAACCAAUGUACUGAUAACCUUAAAUACAAAAUCCCAAGACGCCCAAGAGAUUUUGAAUCUUCAAAGAAGAGAAAGGUUCAAGAUACUCACAAACUUGACAUUAUAAAAUCUAAGUCAAUGGGGGAAGAAGAUAUUUUGGUUUGUUCAAAGAGGACUACUGAACUUCCAUUUAGGAAAGGACUAGAGGCAAAUAAGUGUCUUACUGCAUUGAAGAAGAAAAGAAUACUUGAAGACGCUAUCUUAAUUAACAAUUUGGAAGAUGAUAAAGUUUAUGUUCCCUCGAAGACAUACUCCAGAAGCAAAGCUAGAAAAAUGGAUGAUGUAAAGGUGAUUGAUACGGCUUCCAGAAGAUGUCAUCAGUGCAUGAAAAAGGAAAGAGCAGCAUAUGUACCUUGUACUAAAUGUCGGAAAAUGUAUUGUAUGUGGUGCAUCAGGAAAUGGUAUUCCAAUUUGUCAAUAGAAGAUAUUGCACAAGAGUGUCCCUUUUGCCAAAAGAAUUGCAAUUGCAAUGUUUGCUUGAGUUCAAGAGGAAUGAUUAAGACGUCAAACAAGUGCAUCAGAGAUGAUGAAAAGGUUCAGUAUCUUCAAUACACUAUUAACCUGCUCCUUCCGUUUAUACAACGAGUUUGUGAAGAACAAAGUCAAGAGCUAGAGAUUGAAGCUAAAAUACAAGGAAAAUCAAGAUCUGAAAUUGAGAUAUCACAAAUUCCUUGUGAAAAUGAACGUAUCUAUUGUGACCAUUGUGCUACUUCAUUUACUGACCUUUAUCGAAGCUGCCCCAAGUGUUCCAUUGAAAUCUGCCUUAACUGUUGCAAAGAAAUACGCAAUGGAAGUAUAUCACCCCGGUCUGAACUGAAGUUUCAAUAUGUGAAUAGAGGCUAUGAUUAUAUGCAUGGUGGUGAUCCUUUACCAGUGUCUUGUGAUUUAAGGACUUCAAAAGGUCAUAGAGAGAUAUUUACCAAAUGGAGUGCUAACAGUGAUGGAAGUAUUAGAUGUGCUCCAAAAGAAAUGGGGGGCUGUGGUGGCUCUGUGUUGGAGCUGAAGCGCUUGUUUCCAAAUGGAUGGAUAUCAGACUUAGAAGCCAAAGCUCGUAACAUGCUAAAAACUUAUUGCAAAACUGAACAAGCAACUCUUCAGAAAGAAGCAACAUCAAGUUGCAAUUCUAUGAUAAGAGCAGCUUUUAGAGAUGGACUGUUUCUCUUCCAAAAACAUUGGACUAAAGGUGAACCAAUUAUAGUUCGUGAUGUUCUUAACCAGGGGACAGGUCUGAGUUGGGAGCCAAUGGUCACAUGGCGAGCACUAUGUGAAAAUGUGGUUCCAGGGAUCAGCUCAAAUAUGUUAGAAGUGACGGCCAUUGAUUGCUUGGCUAGUUGCGAGGUAGAAAUCAACACUCGUACGUUCUUUAAGGGUUACACACAAGGAAGAACAUAUAGAAAUCUCUGGCCAGAGAUGCUGAAGCUAAAAGAUUGGCCCCCCUCUCAUAAGUUUGAAGAUCUUUUGCCUCGCCAUUAUGAUGAAUUUAUCCGUUGCUUGCCAUUUCAAGAGUAUAGUGACCCUCGAGCUGGAAUCCUCAACCUUGCUGUAAAGUUGCCACCCCAUGUCCUAAAGCCAGACUUGGGUCCAAAAACAUAUAUUGCAUAUGGCAUUAAAGAAGAGCUUGGCAGGGGAGAUUCAGUAACAAAACUUCACUGUGAUAUGUCUGAUGCUGUGAAUAUUUUGACUCACACGGCUGAGGUAACGUUAACUGAUGAACAGAACUGUGUUAUUUCAAAACUGAAAAAAGCACACAUUGCCCAAGAUGAGAAAGAGCACUGUGCCCGAGAAAGGGUUGAUGAAUGCCUGAAUGAAGGACCCUGGAAAGACCACAGAGAACAGGAGGAUAACAAGUGUCCCGUUGACAUCAAUGGAAAAAUCUUUCCAAAUGAUAUGCCCACAAUCUCCAGAGAAACAACAGAAACAGGUGGUGCUCUUUGGGAUAUCUUUCGGAGAGAGGAUACUGAUAUGUUAGAAGCAUAUCUAAGGAAACACUCUAAAGAAUUUAGGCAUACUUAUUGUUCUCCAGUUGAACAGGUUGUCCAUCCAAUUCAUGACCAAAGUUUUUACUUGACUUUGGAACACAAGAAGAAGUUGAAGGAGGAGUUUGGUGUAGAACCUUGGACUUUUGAGCAGAAACUUGGGGAGGCAGUAUUUAUUCCUGCUGGAUGUCCACACCAAGUCAGGAAUCUUAAGUCAUGCACAAAAGUAGCUGCAGACUUCGUGUCCCCAGAAAAUGUUCAUAUGUGCCUGCAUUUAACUGAAGAAUUCCGUCGUCUUCCCAAGAAUCACAAGGCUAGAGAAGACAAACUCGAGAUAAAGAAGAUGAUCGUCUAUGCUGUUGACCACGCUGUCAAAGAAUUAGAAGCUUUAGUUAGAUGUUCUUGAGGGGAUCCCAUGCGGCUUCAAUCAAGCUGACUCAUUUUACCAUGAUAACUGCUACGAUUCUUUUGCGUGAUAGUUUAAAUUUUGUUUUGAGAGAAAUUUUUGUGAAGUUGUAACUUUUUUUUGCUAUUCAGCCAAUACAUAUUUGUGUAUAGUCUAAUGAC